AGGCCAUUAAUAUUUUUAUGUUACUUUCUUUCUUUUGCAUUCCUUUGUUAUUUCUUUAUAAGAAUCAGUAUUAUCACAUUACUCUUUCAACCCAAAACCAAAGGAAACUAAACAAAAUGCCCAAAAAAUUGCAAAAAUCGCUUCAAGAUUACCUCUCGAAGAUCAAAAAGCCAACGCCUCAGCUUCAGUUUCCUAAUCCCCAAACUUUUUCCUCAUCAAAAAGUUGGAUUCUCGCUGGUUGUAAGCAUCCAAAGACCCUAUCCUUCGCCAUCGAUCGGAAGCAAGUCGACGCCGUCGGUAACAAAGAAGACGCCGCCGCUACGCUCGCCGAUAUCGACCGAUUUCUCUUUGAGAAUUUCCGGUCGUUGUACCUGAAAGAGGAUGGAGAUUGCGGCGACAGAAAAGUAGUAGGAGGAGGAGGAGGAGGUCGAGAUUGCAAGAAUCAUAGAGGAGUAGUUUCACCUGAAUCUCCGGUUGAUUCAUACGGCGGAUCUCACCGAUUCUUCUUCUCCCCUGACUUAUCUGGAUCUGAUCUUCCGGACGAUUCUCACACAGAAUCGUCAGAAAAUGCAGGAUCGAGUUCUUCAUCUUUGAUCGGUGAAGAUCGGGGUAAGGAUCUGAAGCUUCCGAGCGAUUGCAUCGCGAUAUUGAGGAAGUCGCCGAAUCCGUCAGAGGAAUUUCGUCGAUCGAUGCAAGAGAUGAUGGAUGGUCAUUUGAAACACCAUGAGAAAGUGGAUUGGGAGUUUAUGGAAGAGCUUCUGUUCUGUUACCUAAAUCUGAACGAUAAAAAAUCGUACAAAUAUAUACUGAAUGCUUUCGUUGAUUUGAUAGUGAUUUUGCGACAGAAGGCAGAGGAGGAGCCGGCGAAGCCACGGACGGUGAGAAGCGUGAGAAUGGUGAGGAGAAUGAUAUGAAAUUCGGACAGUGAAAUCAAAUCAAAUCAAAGAUUUCAUGAAAAAAAAAAAGAAUAAAAAUGAAAUUUGAAUUUGAGUACACAGACCUCGAAGGAUUUAGAAGAACAAAUCUGUGAUUGAAAAGGAAGGAGGAGAUAGUAAUGCUAAUUUCUACAUUUUCUAAAGUAAAUUCAAACUCUGAAUCACAAGCGGCCUUUGCUUUUUGGGUUUUGGUAGUGUUGAAUGAAUGAACAUAUGAAACAAACUAAGAAUUAUCAUUCCCCAAAAACCAAAAUGUAUAAUAAAACGGAGACGUAGACUCUCUCUAACUGUCGCAGUUUUGAGCUUUC